AAACGUUACACACUCGAAAAACAUUAAAAAUCAAUACCAUAACAUUGUUUCCACAUUCUUCUGCCGUUUUUCCUUUUCUUUUCAACAAGACAUCACCUUUUCAACAACAUUUGGUCUCUUGGUCCUUCUCUUCUUGUGAUUUGAUCAAGAUGAAUGACUUACUCACGAGUUCGUUUAUUGGUGAUUCCAAAGGCCACCAUCCUAUCGAUGGUGAUAUUGAAAUGGGGAUACGGGGUUCAAGGAGCAACCCUGAUAUGGGAAUGGAAGCUUUCAAUAAGAAGAUACAAGAGGUUGGGAAGCAGCUUGAUAAGAUUAAUGGGCUGCUAAAGAAUCUGAAGGAAGCUAAUGAAGAUUCAAAAUCUGUAACAAAAGCAUCUGCAAUGAAAGCUAUCAAGAAGCGGAUGGAAAAAGAUGUUGAUGAAGUGGGUAAAAUUGCACGUAAUGUCAAAGAAAGAAUAGUAGCAAUAAACAAAGAUAACUUAGACAGUCGACAGAAACCUGGAUGUGAAAAGGGAACUGGUGUUGACAGAGCAAGGAUGAAUGUUACAAAUGCCAUAACCAAGAGGUUCAGGGAUCUAAUGACAGAGUUCCAGACCCUAAGACAAAAGAUUCAAGAUGAAUAUCGUGAGCUUGUGGAGAGAAGGGUUAUUACAGUCACGGGAACCAGACCAGACGAAAAGACAAUUGACCACCUGAUCGAAACUGGAAACAGUGAGCAAAUCUUUCAGAAGGCAAUUCAAGAACAGGGCCGAGGGGAGGUGCUAAACACCUUGGAAGAAAUCCAGGAGAGACACGAUGCGGUAAAAGAAAUUGAGAAAAAGCUUCUAGAGCUGAAAGAGAUUUUUGGUGAUUUGGCUGUUCUAGUCGAUGCUCAAGGAGAGAUCCUAGAUAACAUCGAAAGUCAGGUGACAAAUGCAGUGGACCAUGUUCAUAAUGGUACAGAUGCUCUUAGAACUGCAAAGAACUUGCAAAAGAAGUCAAGGAAAUGCAUGAUGAUUGCCAUUAUUUUGGUCUUGAUCAUUGCAAUUAUCAUAGUCCUUUCUAUUUUGAAACCUUGGAAGAAGAAUUAAUCCACACAGGGAAAGUACGUUGACUGAUCUUUUACAGUGUGCAUGCGGUAGCUUUGUUUAUAUAUUGUUCUAGUUCUCCCUUGACUUAUUUAUCAGAUAUAGCACAGAAAAUCUGUCACACGGCCAGAUCAGUGCAUUCUGAUUUUGGAAUAAAGAAUAAUUAAUCCAAGAUUCCAUGUUGUACAACUUGGCAAACUUGGAAUGGUGAUGUUUUUCGAUUCAAAUGAUAGCAUUGGUUUCAGGAAAACUUGUGCAACAAUAGCGAA